AUAUUAAUUACUAUUAUUAUUUAUUUACGGAGUAAAUCAAUUUUAGCUUUCAUUUUCAUUUUUCAUUUCCUCAACACACGCCAUCCAUCCUUGAUAUUUUCUUUCAAUAAGGAAGAGAGAGAAGGUUGUGUUUCUGGGUUUUGGAAAUUUCAGCCCCAUCAAACCCCCUUAAUCAACCCCAUUAUCGAAGCGAUUGAAAGUUGGAAACUUUUGCAUCGGAGAUCGCGUAAUUUAGGUUUUGCAUCAAAAGGGUAACGAAGUUUUGAUGGCAAAUCUGUACGUGAAAGCGGUGCCACCAGCGGAUCUGAACAGGAACACGGAGUGGUUCACAUACCCUGGAGUUUGGACCACAUACAUCCUUAUCCUUUUCUUCUCUUGGAUCCUCGUUCUCUCCGUCUUUGGUUGCUCCCCUGGCAUCGCAUGGACCAUCGUUAAUCUCGCUCAUUUCGCUAUAACAUAUCACUUUUUUCACUGGAAGAAAGGAACUCCAUUUGCAGAGGACCAGGGGAUCUACAAUAGAUUGACUUGGUGGGAGCAGGUAGACAAUGGAAAGCAGCUCACUCGAAACAGGAAGUUUCUAACAGUUGUUCCUUUGGUGCUGUACUUGAUAGCGUCUCACACAACCGAUUAUCAGAACCCAAUGCUGUUCUUCAACACGGUUGCAGUGAUUGUGCUGGUUGUUGCAAAGUUCCCACACAUGCACAAGGUGAGGAUAUUUGGAAUCAAUGCUGAUAAGUGAAAUGUUGCUGUGUCCAUGAAACUUUGGUUACCUGCUCAAAAGCCUCCCCCUUGUCCCUUUGUUCUGGAAAAAAGGUCAUACCCUUUGUAUAGAAGGCAGAAAGGAUACUCAUGUUCUGUUCCCAACUGUUUCUUAAGCUGCUUCUAAGGUAUUAAACAAAUAAAUAUAUGUUGAGUUAUUUCUGUACAGUAGAGAAGAUAUGUAUCGGAUUAUAACGGUACUUUAAAAUGUACCCUUCUUUUCUAUUCCUUUUUUUUUUUUUUUUCCAAUUUAUGCCUGAGAACAUAUAUACAAGUAUGAUCCUUUGCGUUAGCAUUGAAUUUUAUAGGUACAACUCUUUUUUUUGUUUGGAAAUAAAAAUUUCUCUUUCAUUAUC